AUGAAUUCCAAAAUUGUCUGUUGUCUGGUCAGUUUCCUAAGUGUCGCCCGUGCUGGAUUAAUUGGGCAGACCACGGGAAUACUCGCCCCGGCCGGAACUACGGUGGCAGCAGCACUUCCAGCGCCUGCCGCGACCACAAUCGUCAGAACUGAAAAUUACGAUCCGAAUCCUCAAUACAGUUUCAGUUACAGCGUAGCCGAUGGUCUAACAGGUGAUAAUAAGGCCCAAGAGGAGACUCGUAACGGCGACGUGGUUCAGGGCAGUUACAGUUUAAUCGAACCAGACGGUUCGCGUCGCGUGGUGUCGUACGCCGCCGAUCCCAUCAACGGUUUCAACGCUGUCGUUCAAAAGGAUCCUAGCAUCACGGUGAAGACUGCCGUACGACCCGUGGUGGCUUCACCUUUACUCGCACGACCAGCCUCGGUAAUUGCUGCAGCCGCGCCCACCGCCGUGGCUGUUCGUCCGCAGGCUGCCACGCUGUUAGGCGCGCCUAUAUUGAGACAACCGUUGCUGACGACAGGACCAUCGGUGGCUACCACGAACCUAUUAGCCGCUAACGCAGGAUUGGUAGGACUCGGCGUGGGACUCGGGCUAAGACAAGGCUCGCUGUACGGUACGCAGGCUCUGCUCGCGGGUGCUGCUUACGGCACUGGAGGCAUCGUUAAAGUUCACUAG